AAUUAAAAAGAGAACUUGAAAUAAAUAAAGUAUAUAUUAUUUUAAUUUAAGUGUGAAAUUUUAAAAGUAUAAUAUUAAUGAAAAAUGCAUACUAAUACUCUCUUAUUUGGUCGGUUAUGUAAUAUUUUUCCAGACUUUAUUAGUUUUUGCACGACAAUACUGUAACCAAGGCGUCGUUGUUGCUGUCUUUGUUUAAUUUGUUUCUCUGGGUGAGAAUGUGGAACUUUGCAUCCAACUUUACUGUUGGGAACACAAGGCCGAAGGAAGAUCAUCGGAAUCCUACCCGCGAUGCAGAUUGCUCUGAUGAUGAAGGUUCAUCCAUCACAAGUAGAGAGGAUAGACUAGAGUGCCCAAUAUGUUGGGAAUCCUUCAACAUCGUUGAAAACAUACCCUAUGUUUUUUGGUGUGGCCAUACACUGUGCAAAAACUGCAUCCUGGGGUUACAAUGGGCUGUUGUGAAGUGCCCUUCUUUACCCAUCCAGCUCCCACUCUUCAUAUCCUGUCCUUGGUGCAAUUUAUUGUCAUUGCGUCUGGUUUACAGGGGCAACCUCAAAUUCCCCAGAAAGAACUUUUUCCUUCUAUGGAUGCUUGAGAGCAUGAAUGGUGACAGGAGAGUGUCCUGUUCUGCCUCAUGUGGGGAUGAUGAUCCACCAUCUUGCCCCCCUGUGAGGACAUCAUCUGGAAAUUCUGCUAUCGAGCCUAAUUUCAGGAGGGCCCCACACACUGACCUUUCAGAACCAUUACGACCACGCCACGAUCAAAGUCAUCCGGAUGGCUUUCUUGCCCUUGAGAGACUACAUUCUUCAAUCAGGAAAUCACUGGUCUUCUUCAUUCAUCUGACAGCCAAGUUCCCACUGGUGAUUAUAUUCCUUCUGAUCCUCCUGUACGCCAUACCCGCCAGUGCAGCAAUAUUGGCCCUCUAUUUGCUCAUCACCGUUGUGUUUGCUCUUCCAUCUGUUCUCAUUUUGUACUUUGCGUAUCCGAGCUUAGAUUGGCUGGUCAGAGAAAUCAUGACCUGAGAUGACAGAGAUUGAUGGAUUCAAGUUUCUUGGGAUUGUUUGCUGCUACAUAUUCAAGUGUUCUUAUGCCAAAUCUUCUACUCAAUCUAGUUGCUUCCCCUUGUAAAUUUUGUUUUUUUGUUCUUAAUAUAUUUGGAGGUGGGAGCUGAAGUUCCAUAUAAUACUAAUGAACAAUGGUGUUUUUA